AUGACUGCGCUAAUAAGAUGGGUUCCUAACGCUGAGGAGAAGGUUCUUCACGCUGAGGACAAGGAUCUUCCCCCCCGGGUAAAAGGUUCCUCACGCUGGGGAUAGGUUCUUCACCCUGAGGACAAGGUUCUUCACUCUGAGGACAAGAUUCCUCACGCUGAGGACAAGGUUCCUCAGGCUGUGGGCAAGGUUCUUCACGCUGAGGACAAGGUUUCUCACGCUGAAGACAAGGUUCCUCACGCUCAGGACAAGGUUCCUCACGCUGACGAUAAGGUUCCUCACGCUGAUGAUAAGAUUCCUCACGCUGAGGACAAGGUUCUUAACGCUGAGGACAAUGUUCCUUGCGCUGAGGACAAGGUUCCUCACGCUGAGGACAAGUUUCUUUACGCUCAGGACAACAUUCAUCACGCCGAGGACAAGGUUCCUCACGCCGAGAAGAACGUUCCUCGCGCUGAGGACAAGGUUCCUCACGCUGAGAACAAGGUUCCUCAGGCUGAGUACAAGGUUCCUCAAGCUGAGGACAAGGUUCCUCACGCUGAGGAAAAGGUUCUUGCCGCAGAGGACAAGGUUCCUCACGCCGAGGACAAGGUUCCUCACGCUGAGGACAAGGUUCAUCACGCUGACGACCAGCUUCCUCACGCUGAGGAGAAGGUCCUCACGCUGGGCACAAGGUUCCUCACACCGCGGACAACAUUCCUCACGCUGAGGACAAGGCUCUUCACGCCGAGGACAAGGUUCGUGACGCUGAGGACAAGGUUCCUCGCGCCGAGGACAAGGUUCCUCAAGCUGAGGACAAGGUUCCUCACGCUGAGUACAAGGUUCCUCACGCUUUGGACAAGGUUCCUCACGCUGAGGAAGAGGUUCUUGCCGCUGAGGACAAGAUUCCUCACGCCGCGAACAAGGUUCCUCACGCCGAGGACAAGGUUCCUCGCGGCGAGGACAAGGUUCCUCACGCUGAGGACAAGGUUCCUCACGCUGAGAACAAGGUUCUUUACGCUCAGGGCAAGGUUCUUUACGCUGAGGCCAGGGAUCCUCACGCUGAGGACAAGGUUCUUCACGCUGAGGACAAGGUUCCUCAUGCUGAGGACAAGGUUCCUCAUGCUGAGGACAAGGUUCCUCAUGCUGAGGAAGAGCUUCCUCACGCUGACGCCAAGGUUCCUCACGCUGAAGACAAGGUUCUUCACGCUGAGGACAAGGUUCCUCAUGCUGAGGACAAGGUUCUUCAUGCUGAGCACAAGGUUCCUCAACUGAGAACAAGGUUCUUGGCGCCGACGACAAGGUUCCUCACACUUACGACCAGGUUCCUCACCCUGAGGACAAGGUUUUUCACGAUGAAGACAAGGUUCUUCACGAUGAGGACAAGGUUUUUCACGCUGAAGACAAGGUUCUUCACGCUGAAGACAAGUUUCUUCACGAUGAGGACAAGGUUCUUCACGCUGAGAACAGUUUUGUACCCGGUGAGGACAAGGUGGCUCACGCUGGGGACAAGGUUCUUCACGUUGAGGACAAGGUUCUUCACGUGGAGGACAAGGUUUCUCACGCUGAGAAAAAGGUUCUUCACGCUGAGGACAAGGUUCUUUCCGCCUAG